UUUCAAAAAGUUAACCUCACUUUUUAAAUUUAAAAUUUGAACUGAAAACUGGAUUAUUCUGCCCGCUAGUUCAGCAUUGUAGUAGCAAAAAAUUCCAAUGGACUUAGAUAGGAGCCUUUCAAGCAAAAUGGAGGAUACCAAAUUAAUUUUUAAGAGGGCUUCGUCAGAUUCCAUAGAUAAAAGUAUAAUUUUGAAUGCUCUACAAGAUUGUAGAGCCCAUUUAACUACAUUUCCUGUUGAUGAACUAGAAAACGAUGUCAUGUUUUAUAUGAUGCCUUGUAUGAGAAAUGUGUUUUCUGAGAUAUACACAGAUAAUCAAAAGAUUGAUUCUGUUGAACAAAUUGAAGAAUUAUUGGAAAAUUUGACGAUUACUAUUUCAUUAACUGAGUUCAUCGAAGAUCUCUUGAAUUUUAUUUCCACAAGAUCGGAAACUUCCAAUUUGCAAUUAUUCAAGAGUAUGGUUUUGGAAAUUCCCAAGUGUAUAUACCUUACCUAUAAGCAUUGCAAGGAAAGCCAGAAAAAGUACCAGAACCUCAUGAAGGACUGUAAGGAAAUUCUAAUUCUAUAUAAGAAGAAUCAAGAAUGCCAUUUGAAAUAUCUGGAUAUCAUGGGACAAUUACCAAUAAGUGCUGAUGACAGCAAUUGUACUAAAAUUCUCAUUGAGACAUUUCAGUCCAUUUCAAGUAUAAUAGAAAUAUUGCUCGGACUUAAUAUAAAAGCAUUAGCUGAUAGUUGGAAAUGCUAUUGCAACUUGAUUGAAAAAUAUCAAGAAGUUUUAGUUGCUGAAAAAUUCUAUUGCCUUAGAGAAAUUGAGCUUUUAGAAAUACAAAUACAAAAUUUCAUGGAUAUUGCACUGGAAAGCAAUGAUUCAAAGCAAGUUCUUCAAUACUCAAAAUUAUCUGGAUUCCUUCUUAAAGUAGCACUAAAAAUAAUUGCCAAAUUUUGGCAAUAUCUGUGCAUUGAUCAUAUAGAACCCAUUUAUAACUUAGUUUGCAGUAUUUAUAAAUAUGCACCUGAAUUUUUGGAAAAGCAGAUGGUAACAACAGAUGUGAAAAAAUCUAUAGAUACAUGCCUGUUAGAUGUAAUAACAUCCUUUGUUGAAGACAGCCUCUUACAUGAUGAUGUUUUGGAGCGAAUUCUUUUGAAUAUUAAUACUUCAAAAAAAGAAUGUGUUGGUUGCCUUGAACUGAUACUCAAAAUAUUGGAAUUUAUUGGUCGUCAAACUCCAGACAGUGUGGAUUCUAGUUUUUUCUAUACUAUUAUGAAAAGUGUCUUCAGCAACUUCUCUACAUAUUUUCCAGAACCUUCUUCAGUUAAUUCUAUUAAAAUUCCUGGUGCAUUAAUCGAAAAACUAUCUUCUCAAAUUUCACAAUCUGUUGAAGUCCACAAUAGUUUUUACAAUCAAGAUUUUGAGUUAUUAAUGAUUUCAAAUAUCCUUGGAAAUCAUAUUGGAUGUCAUACACUGGCCUCUUUUAUAUGGAUUCAACUGAUAAGCCAAACCUUUUCUGAUUCAAGACUAAGUUUAUUGGGAGAUUUAUUUCAAGUAAUUAAUGAUUCCAGAGUUGAUGUAUCUUUCAUUUCUUCAAAAGUAAUAUUGCUGAAGAAAUUUAUGCAAAAGUUGUUCAGUAUUUUGGAUGAAAGUGAAAGACAAUAUUUUCUGAAAUUAUAUCCCCCGUCUGAAUAUUUGCAUCUGUGGAAAGUCAUCGGACUUAAUUUUGUCCCGCUAAAUGAUAAUUCCUUGAAUGCCUUAUUGGAAGAUAUUUCAACAAGCCUAGGAGACAUAAAACGUCUCAAUGUUGAGAAAUUUAUUGAAUCGGUUGAGGUAAUGAAAAUUUUAGCUGGAGCAUCUGUUUCAGUUUUAGAUAUAAAGACUAGAACAUUGAGUGAUAUUGUUCGAACGUUAUGGGACACAAAUUUUGAAGUUAUCCCUUGUGAUAAUCUAUUUUUCAAAUACUCCAUUUCCUGUUUAAGUGAAGUAACCAUGAGUUUGAUGAACUACUUUUCUAAUGAUCAACUUUUUUCUAUUCUGAAGAGGAUGGAAACGCUUGCUACAACAUACUUUGUCAGAAUAAGACUCUGUUUGAUGCUUAGUGAAAUAUCAAGACGAAAAACCGAACAUAACAUGGAACAGAAUAAACUGAACUUCUUGAUAUCAGACCUUUUUGAGUUAUUGCUGAAAGAAGACGAUGAGAUGUUGAAGGAACUCACUUUAAAAGUAUUUCAACAGUUCGCCAAUAAUAAUCAGCCGAUAAUAGUGAAUAAUGUUUCAAGGAUGCUACCAGAUAUGAAUUUGGAGCAGUACCUACAAAACGGCAUCGAUAAAUUCAGUUCGAACUCGGUAUCCAAGGUCCUCGAUUCAAAAAUUAUUGAUCAUAAAUGUCUAAUAGCAACCAAAAAUUCUCUUGCUGCUAGAAAUUCGUUUGAAUGGAAUGAUAAAAUACCUGUGUCAAGAGAAAACUCGUUCGAUUCGUUAAAUGGAGGCAAGGCAUUAUCCAGGGAAUGCUCUUUUGAAACAAGAAAUGAAUUUGCUAAAUCCAUCAGUACCCCCUCUGUGGAAUUCAAAAGAAGCACAAGCUACAGCAAAGUUCAGCAACAGAGCAAAAGGCCCAGACUCAGCGAAACUGCCGAGGAAGAGGAUGAUACUAUUAAUGAAGUAUUACAGAGAAUCAGAGGUGAAUUAAAGUGUUUAAACAAGAUAUUACGUAACGAAAAACCAACCGCAAAAAACGCGCAAGACAUAAAAUUGUUGGCGUUCCAGUUACAAAGUCUGUUAGAAUCGUGAAUAUGAAUUGGUUUCUCAUUAUGUUCAAUGAUUGUGUUGUAAAUAAAAGUUUAGUUAUAUA